CUCGUCUAGACAUCUCCAGUUCCCGAAUCUAAGCUUAUGGAGAGUGGCGAUCAAUCUGUGGCCGACCAUCAACCGGUCGAACGUCGCUCUGUCAGGGCUAAUCGUGCAUGCGCUUCUUGUAGAGUGCGCAAACAGCGAUGCAUUCUCUCUUCAAUGACAGGGCAAACGGCGUGCCAACGCUGCGCUCAUCACGGCAUGCCGUGCUCCUUCGAGACAGAACCAGCAGAUGCGCACCAGGAGCAGCCAGGACCAACGAAGCUAGCUCAGAUGGUGGUGCAGCUGCAGCAGAGAGUGAACCAACACGAAGCUCGCAUAGCUGAGCUUGAGCAUCUAGACGCUACUCCACACAAGUAUCCCCGACUAUCCAGUUCCUCUCUGCCAACCACCUCGCUGCCGAUCACCUCAGAUCACGAAAGCCAGUCCCCAGUGCGGAUUGAAUCUCAUCUAACUCGAGUUCCCCAAAUCUUCAAUACUUCAAUAGAGCAGCUGGAGCUGGGAGCACCUAUUGCAACAUUGAGAGCACUUGGUGCUCUGGGCGAUGCACGUGACCCGGCGAACGAAUCUACACGCAUGAAUACGAAUAGAUCGUGUUCAGAUCCCAUCGAAAGCGGCAUGUUGACUGAAACAGAGGCUUCUCGCGCGUUCAAUAUCUACUUUGAACAUUGCCACCCCUGGGCCCCAGUACUUAGCCAAAAGACACGGAGCAUGGGCAUAAGCUUGAGAGAAAAUUCUCCUACGUUGUUCCUGGCAAUCGUAGCCAUUGGCGCCAGGUUCUGGUGUGAAGACAAUACGAGCAACGAUACAAUGCGGCUUCGUUCAAUGCAUCCGCAUUAUUUCGACGUCAUAAAACUUUUGGACAGCAAUAUGUCUCGACUACUGCUCCGCCCUUGCGCCGCUUCAGCAUCAUUGAGCAAUAUUCAAUCAUUAUUGCUCUAUCUCCAAUGGAUGCCAUACGACUCAUGCCCUCUGGGACCGGGCCAUGCAAGAAGCCAGACCUUGGUUCAGACCCGCUACAAUGAAAUGAGCACAUGGGUUGUUUUUGGCCUAGCCCUUCGAUACGCUGAAUUCUGCGGCCUUGAGCAGAAGGUCUUGGGUUCUUUCCAAGAUGAUCGGAGUUUAGCCACUGCGACCUCAGAGGAUAUGGAUGCCAUGCGAGUGUGGCUGAAUCUGGUAACGUACGACUGUAACCUCACAUUGACGUCAGGUAUGCCUAGUUCACUAGACCCGCGACCAUUGAGCGCGAGAGCCUACAGGUUCUGUUCUCACCCUGCUGCUCAAAAGCCAGAUGAUGUUCGAUAUGCCUCAACGGUCGAGCUAGCUUGUAUAAUUCAGAACGUAAGAUACCAGAAAGACAAUAUAACGGACAGGAAUCAAGUCCUUGCGGUCAUCACAGAGGCGAAUGGGGAGUUUAACAAUUGGCAAAGACGAUGGUUUGAUCGGCUUGGAAACACCAAACUCCAACAAUGUCAGAUGCCAUUCACGUCAGUAAGGUGGUAUCGGCUUGCUCUCAAUAGCUCUUUAUUGCGAGCCGUCCUUUCGCAGACACAGCCCGAGUUGCUAUCCCUACCGUCCUGGGCAACUCAGCCUAUGACAGUGAGCCUUACCGCCGCAUCUCAGAUCUUCCUCUCCGUCUCCAAGUGCUCGUUUGAGUCUGUUUCGACCCUGGAGUCUUGGAGACCAUCCACCUUUCCAGAAGGUAGCCUUUUGUUGGAUCCCGAGGCCCGCAGAAGUCUUCACCACGCUGUGGAUUCCACUUGGAUAUCAUACACCUUCGCGAUCACCUUCUUGGUUCUGUGCUACUUGAGAGGACUUGUGGAUGAUGACUUGCAGCUAUGCACGUCCUCGCGAGGUCCUUCUAUUUCGGCUACUAUGUGGCCUGCAAAGCCUCGGUAUGCUUCAUUGCUUCAUAGGCUAUCGCGACUUGCUCUGGAAGUGUUCGGUGGUAGCGAGCAGGCAUCAAACUUUCGCCCAGACAAUGACUAUACCACGGUGGUGCAGAAUGCGACAUCCCUAAUUUUAGAAGCACCGACCGAUGCGGAGCCCACAUUGGUACAACCUGAGAAUAUCUCUUCCUUGCAGACGUUCUUUGAUCUCAUGGAAGACCCCACAUGGGACUGGGGCAUGUCCUUUGUAGGAGAACAGACUGAGUGGGGCACGCAAUUAUAACUUUGCAGACAAUGUCCCUUGAGCUUUUCUGAACCUCGAGAUGCUGGGCACUUGAUCAGAUCUAGGCCAUGAUAGAUGUCGAAUAAAGAGCUAAUAGCUGUUACUUAC